AUGGACACCGGCGAACUGGACGUUUCCCGCGAUGAAAAUCUUCAGUAUGUGGCACAGCGAGCGAAAACAAACGUGUCUCUUGAGUUUCAUCUGUAUUCUGGGACGCCGCAUGGCUUUACGAACGUUUCUGUCGGGAUCAGCGUGACAGACCGGGCGCUGGAGAAUCAGCGCGUUGCAUUCAAUCACUUGUUAAAGGAUCUGACCAAGUAA